CAAGUGUGUCAUUCACUCUAAGUCCGGAAGAGAACUGUAAAAAUGAUAUGGUCCAAAUGCAGUCUAUUAAUCUUGUUUGUCCAGUGUGUGACGUUGGAUACAUAGAUAAAAAAGAAUUUUAUGAUCACUUAAGUAUACAUGCUGGAGAUGUUUUGUUAAAACACGUAGAAUGCUUGAAAAAUGCAAAUAAUGAAUUAGAUAUAGUGCCAAGAGAGCCAAAAAAGAUUGACGACGAUCUUUAUGAAACUAUAUUAAGGCCUUUCAAGUGCCAACAAUGUAGUUCAACAUUUGACAGAGCUUCUCAGUAUGACUAUCAUUAUCGCAGUAUACAUCUUGGUGAAAAAUCGCAGCUCUGCGAAAUCUGUGGUAAAGGUUUCUUUCGCAAAGCAGACCUGAGGACACAUUUGAACAUUCAUUUAGGAACAAAUGUUUGUAUUUGCGAGAUUUGUGGGAGAAAGUUUAAUCACAUAUCCAAUUUAAUUAGACACUGCAGAAUGCACGCUGGGAUAAAAUUGUAUCCAUGUUCCAUUUGCGGAAAACGUUUUACUCAGAUUAGUUCCAUUACAAGGCAUAAACGUAUUCAUGAAAGAGUAAAAGAUGAUGUUAAACUUCAUUCGCAAACUAAUUCCAACAAUUGUAACUUACAGAAAAAAGAUCAUGCAACAUACAAAAAUAAGUUUGUUGAAGGUAAUGCACCUACUCAGCAAAAGAUUGUUAAGAGACAACAUUAUUGUAAAAUUUGUGGUGAAAGUUUCAAUUUCAUCUUUCUCUUAAGGGAGCAUGAAAAAUCCCAUUUGCAAAUUUUGGAAUGCAAAGACCAUGAGGUGAAUUUUCAGAAAGCUACAGAACUGAAAGAACAAACACAGCAUAUUAAUAAUUUUGACUUUCUUGAAAAUGAAAUAGAUAUGAAAAAAGCUUUGCCAUUGGAUGCAAUUAUUUAUAUCACGUCAGAACAGUUGAAGAAGAUCAAUUUGGAAAACAUUGAAGAUAAUAGAAAUCACGUUUCACAAGAAGAUCUGUGUGAAACAAAAAUUUUAGGAGAUGAAGAAUUAAAUGUUUCAGAGAAGAUAGCAUUUAACAAUGAACAAACACAACUUGUUCAUGAUAAUCCACUUCUAUCUAAUGAUUCCAUAGAAAAUGAAAAUGUAGCUUAUGUUUGCCCACUAGAUGAGAAUAUUCUUAAAAAUAAAUUGUGCGAGACGGAUUUACAAAAAUCUGAAACAAUAUCGAAUUACAACACCUUAAUGAAUACUCCUCUGAAUGUUGCUGAUUUGUUUCAAAAAAUAGAUCUAUCAGAAUCUAAUAGUAACGAACAUCUUAAUUCUGAUCCAAGCAUACAUAAAAAUGAAGAAACAACUUUAGUACAAAAUGAAAAAAUAUCCGACGAUUUAAACGAUAUAAAUAAUAUUGUGAAUCACGAUGAGCCAAUGUUGCGUUUAGUACAAACAGAAACAGGGGAACAAUUUUAUGAAUUUCUAAUUAACAAUUUAGUUGAGAAGUUGCCGAAUUCACAAAUUACCGAGUCCACGAAAAAUUCUGAGAGCAAAGACGAUAGUACAAAUAUGAACGAAGGAAAUCACGAAGGACAGAGUAUACGAGAUGACAUACAUAACGAUUUAAAUUAUUCACAAUAUGGACUGCAAGGUGAAGAGAAAAGUUUUACAAAUCAAAUUCUAUUAGACACUCAAAGUGAUUUUGAUAAAUACGUCGAGACAAAUUUCGAAGUAUUCGAAAGAUUAAAUUACGAUGAUAGUCCCGAGCGAUUUCUUGAAUUUGUUGAAUCAGGACUUGAGAACCAAAGCUCGAAAAUUUCAGACUACAGCAAAGAGAGUGACGAAUUCUUGCAGUUUCAGAAUUUUACUGAAAUUGAUACUGUACAACCAAAUGAGAAAGAUAGUAUUAUUAGUGACAAUAAUAGUAGUGAUCAAAUUAUCGAAAUAGAUGAGAAACAGAAGCAGAAUGAAGAUGUAACUAAUAGUAAUGAAAAACUGGGGGACGAACAAGACUCGAAGAAGACGAAAACAUUCUUGAUAAAGUUUCAAUGUACAGUAUGCGAAAAAUCGUUCUCAACUAGUUACAAUUACAAGCAACACAUAGGUACGCAUUUCGCGGACCAGCAAAAAUUUCAUUGUAAAGACUGUAAAUUGUCCUUUGCUUGGAAGUCAACGUUAAACAAACACAUUGCAAAUAAUCAUAGACCGGAUGGUCCGCAGAAGUUUGCAUGUGAUAUAUGUAACAAAAUUUAUAAUACUUCCUCGCAAGAGCACGUGAAGCGAGAUCAUCUGAAACAGCGGAACCAUGUUUGCUCUCAGUGCGGCAAAUCAUUUUUUAAAAAGUACGACUUGAAAAUACACAAUAGAAUUCAUACCGACGAACGGCCGUACGUUUGUCGCGCUUGCGGGAAAAGAUUUCACCACCGAAGUCAUAUUAUUCGUCACGAGCGCAUACAUUUCUAGGUAUUUCUAAAUACGUGUCUAUAAGUUCACACUUUAUUUCAAUUCGAAGCAUAGGGAACAAAUUAGGGGGAAAAAAAAGGAUCACAAUUAUAAUUACCUUACAAUACAAUAAUUAUAAUCGAAAUUAAUUUCUAUUAACAAUUCUAAUAGAAAUUAAUGACGAUUCUGUUCCAUUAAAUGAUUUACAUUACAAUGGCGCAACGGCAAUUAAUACAUGUUACAAAGCAUUUAAAAUACGGUUUUGUAAAUGAUUAUUUUUUAAUAAAACGGAAAACACUAAUGCUUUAUUUCCUCAUUUCCUGUUCUCGCUAUUUUCAUUAAAAUCAAGUAGAAAAGAUUGAAGAAACUGAUUUGUAUUCUUAUUCGUUGUACCUUCAUAGAUGAAUUAGAAACACCGUGCAAGUUUGGAGUCAAUACGUAAGCAUUCGUAUCUACGCAUGUGUAAUAAGCAACUCUGAUUUCGAUUUCAACAUGGCUGACGUGUGCGACGACGUGGUGAAUAUCAUGGAAAACCUGAGUGUUAAGGAGGAUAAGGAGGAUAAGCAUCGUAUUAUAUUAUGGGAGAAACUUAAAGCAGAGUACGAUGCAUCGUUAGACUUAAAAACAGUUACUGAGAUAAAAGUAACUUUCCUUGACGGGAAGAAAGUUAUAGCUCAUUCUUGGCGUACUACACCAUAUGAAAUUGCCAGAAACAUUAGUCAAGAUCUAGCAGACAAUGUUCUCAUUGCAAAAGUUAAUAACGAAUUAUGGGACCUUAACAGGCCUUUGGAAUCUGAUUGUGAACUUGAAUUUCUUAAUUUUGACCAUCCAGGUGCCCAGCUAGCGUUUUGGCAUUCUAGUGCGCUUAUUUUAGGACAAGUAAUGGAAAGAAUAUAUGGUGGUUAUUUAUGUUACGGUCCGCCAAUAGAUAACGGUUUCUAUUAUGAUAUGUACCUAGGUGAAAAAGGAAUUUCUAAUUUGGACUUUCCAUUCUUGGAGAUUAUUUACAAAAAAAUAGUUAAAAACAAACAACCAUUUGAAAGAUUAGAAGUGGCCAAGGAAGAUCUCCUGGAGCUGUUCAAAUACAAUAAAUUUAAAGUUCGAAUUAUCAAUGAGAAAAUACAUACUCCAACCACUACAGUGUACAGAUGUGGUCCGUUGAUCGAGAUAUGCAGAGGACCACACGUUAGAAAUACUGGAAAAAUUAAGGCCAUUAAAAUGACCAAAAGUUCUUCUGUUUACUGGGAAGGAAAUGCCAAUGCAGAGUCUUUACAGAGAGUUUAUGGCAUCAGCUUUCCAGAUACUAAACAACUGAAAGAGUGGCAGAAAUUCCAAGAAGAAGCGGCGAAACGAGAUCAUAGGAAAAUAGGAAGAGAGCAAGAAUUAUUCUUUUUCCAUGAACUUUCUCCAGGAUCCUGUUUCUUUCAACCACGCGGGGCCUAUAUUUAUAAUACUUUAGUUGAAUUUCUUCGUUCUGAAUACAGAAAACGAGGCUUUCAAGAAGUAGUUACACCCAAUAUUUAUAACAGUAAAUUAUGGCAAACGUCCGGUCACUGGAUGCAUUAUGCAGAAAAUAUGUUCUCCUUUGACGUCGAGAAGGAGACUUUUGCGCUUAAACCAAUGAACUGUCCUGGUCAUUGUAUGAUUUUUGACGUUCGUAUCAGAUCUUGGCGCGAAUUGCCGUUGAGAAUGGCAGAUUUCGGGGUACUGCAUAGAAAUGAAUCAGCUGGUGCACUAACUGGACUAACCAGAGUUAGGCGUUUUCAACAAGACGAUGCGCAUAUAUUCUGCUCAUUUGAUCAAGUUAAAGACGAAAUAAUUGCCACGCUUGAUUUCUUGAGACACGUGUAUUCCGUAUUCGGUUUCACGUUUAAUCUAUAUUUAGCAACGAGGCCUAAAAAAUACAUGGGAAACAUAGAAAUGUGGAAUCACGCUGAAAAAGCGUUAGUAGACGGUUUAAACGCGUUUGGAGAACUGUGGAAUAUUUCUCCACAGGAUGGUGCAUUUUACGGUCCAAAAAUCGACAUAACAAUUAUGGAUGCACUUAAGAGAGCUCAUCAGUGUGCUACUAUUCAGUUAGAUUUUCAAUUACCAAUUAGAUUUAAUUUAUCUUAUGUCAGUGAAUCCGGAGAAAGAACGAGACCGAUAAUUAUUCACAGAGCCAUUUUGGGUUCUGUAGAAAGAAUGAUUGCAAUUUUAACAGAAUCGUAUGCUGGAAAAUGGCCAUUCUGGUUGUCCCCGCGUCAAGUAAUGGUUAUUCCAGUAUGCUCUCAAUUUGAUGAUUACGCGGAGCAAGUAAAAAAUAAACUCUGGGACAGUGGAUUUAUGGUAGAGCUUGAUACAGAUCCAAGCGAUACUCUGAACAAAAAGAUACGAAAUGCUCAAGUCGCACAAUUUAAUUUUAUUCUUGUUGUUGGAGAAAAAGAACUUAAUGCUGGCACGGUAAAUGUACGAACGAGGGACAACGUGGUGCAUGGGGAAAUUCCUGUUGAUGAUUUGAUUGCGAAAUUCAAAGUAUUCAAAGAGAAGAAGGAUACAAAUUGCGAAGAGAAGUUUUAAAUAAGCUUUGCAUACAUGUACAACAUAUAUUUAUUUAUUUCCAGAUCAUAAUUCCGGUAGGAUCAAAUGUAAUGUAGAUCAAUAGGAUCUAAAAUCACGUCUUUUAAAUAGAUCGAAAGAAAUUACUGUUAUUAAGAUUAACCGUAAAAGUGUAAGAUGAUUUGCAUUUAAUUAAUUUCAAUUAGUAUCCAAACUUUGAUGCAAUGUCAGGGUAGAAAUAGAAAAUAUAUAAAAAUCUAUAUCAAAUUUUAACUUACCAAUUCAUGCAUGCUUGUAAAAUAACGAUAAAAAUCUUCCCUUUUACUAAUUAGAUCUUUUUUUUAUCCAAAAAACGUGAAUACUUUAAAUAAUACGUGAACUAUUAAUAAAUUAAACAUAAAUUAAAAAUGGAAUGGAAUAAAUUAAGAAUGAAAUGGUUAAUUUACUUAAUUUGUUUCAGCUUUGUUUUUUAUUUGUUUACUUGAGAAUAUUUUUACGAUAAAUGAUUUUAUUCGAAAGCUACAAGUAAAUAAUUUUUCAUUUCUUGCAGUUUUAUAGCUGAAACAUUGAGUGUAACUCGAAAUAUUCAUCUCAACGGCUGUGCUCCAUAAUUUAUUGCAGAUACUAUCAAUAUUGUAUAUUGCUGUAACUGCGCCAGUAUCUUUUGGAAACAAAUUAUCGCUGUAAACUAUGAAUCACAUCGACGCAAAUGAUGUAUUGUCAUUAAAAUCUGUCACAAUAAAGUAGUAUCUUCAAUUAAA